AUGUCCCUGCACUGGCCUUCCUCAGCGGUGCUGCUGCUCUUUUUGUUGGUGUGCUGCGGCGGCAGUGGGUCUGGGGCCAACGCUGCGGGGACGCAGGAGGCGUCGCAGGAGGUGGAGCUCUUCAAACCAGGGGAAUCUCCAGUGCUUGCGGAGGGAGAAGAGCGCGAAAGUAGCUCUCUUUACGGGAGUGUCUCCUCAUUCCUCAGCCACUCCCUUCUUGACGUGAAGGGUGUGAUGGUUGCCCUUGCCGUCGGCGAACACGGCAGCGGUGACAGCAACAAGCGUCCCGGGAUUUGGGCCAAGUACAGUGCGUACGGGGCAGAUGUGAAGUUGAAAGAGGACGCCGCAUGGGAAGGAAAAGCGUGGAAGACGCAGCUUGUGACCAAGCGACCGGAAGAAGAGGGCUACGUUGUAUUACCGCCUGGCCCCAAGGCCGUGGGGAAGGACAACAAAAUACAUCUGCUCGUGCCAACAGUGACGGCGACAGGCACUUCUUUGCGUGGAGUUCACUGGGGCCUUGCGUUGAUUGUUGGUGAAGUUCAUGGGCCCGGGGAAGGGCGGGAAGGGCAAGGAGUGUCGUGGAGGUCUCCCCGGCCGUUGGAUUCCGAGCUUGCCGAACAGAUGCGGCAGCAGUCGUGGGAGGGGCUGCAACUCCCUCGUGGCGCCAGAGGCGUUGCGGUUGGGGCCGCGACGGUUCUCUUUCCUCUUGCGGGAUUCAUCACCGGGGGAAGGGACAGACGUGCCUGCACCGUCAUGUACUCCGGCGACAAUGGGGGCAGCUGGAAGUUUCCUGCGGCGCCUGUGGCUGCUGAGGACUGUGACGCUGCUACUCUUCUCGAGUGGGCGGGGAAACUCUUCAUGGUCACCUCCGGAUUUCUUCGCCGUGGCGGCGCAGGGUCUUCGAAUCCGGUGACGAGGGGAGGACGUGGAAGGAGGCAGCCGGGCCCUUCGCACGCCUGUUGGGCGACGCAUACGCGUUGUCUAUGA